AUGGCUCAGAAGAGAGAGGAACAGCCGGACAUUCCAGGCCUUUCAACUGUAUUCAACAGGAAGUGCUAUCUUACCUGCAUUACCGGUUGCUUAACCUGCCAGUGGAAAGUCCUGGAUGAGAAAAGAUCUGAACGAGCAAUCUGCUGCUGCUCUUGGACAGAGCGAUUAUUUUGCCCACUUUUGAUUUUUUCAUGGACUGUAUCUCUGAUUGUCCUAUACAUGUGGAUAGAAUCAUCAAAUGAAUACUUUGGCUUUGACUGGGUCAUGUUUCUAGGCACAGGAUACUGGUUCUACUGGUCUAUAUUAUUCCUGAGUUUAUAUGGAAUCAUGUUUGCCUACACUUCUUUGCUGUUGAUAUUUUCACUUUUGUUGAUGUGGGAAGGCUAUGAACUCUAUCUGCACUGGUGUAAUAAGGUGCUGGUUUCUCUCCUGGUUGGAUUUUGCACAUUUUUAAUGUGGGUUUUAUUCACUUUCUGGAAGGAUAGGUGGCUCACAGUUGGACUGUCACUGCAGGUCUUUUGUCCCUUCAUACAACUGACCAGCAUACCUCUGAUGACUCUCUUUUCUUGGAUUCUGGUCACAUAUUUGAUCUACUUAAAACAAAAAGCUGUUCAAAUUUGUGUUGGAUUUCCCUUUAUUAUUAUCCUUUUGUGUCUCUAUUUUGUGCCAAUUGGACAUUAUUCUCCCUGUGUUCAGGACCAGAAAACACUGGGACCCAAGCCAUUGCUCAUUGCACAUAGAGGUGCAGCCAUGUUAGGGCCUGAGAAUACCAAGAUGGCCUUUGAGAAAGCUGUUGAACAUGAAUCCUUUGGUUUGGAGACUGACAUAUACUUAAGCUAUGAUGGAAUACCUUACCUCAUGCAUGACUCCACUCUAAGAAGAACAACCAAUAUCAGGAGCAUCAAGCCAAAUGCCAGUAAUCAACAUUCUAGUAACUUCACUUGGGAGUUUCUAUCAACUCUGAAUGCAGGCCAGUGGUUUAUAGAUCACCCACCAUUUUUCAAUAUGAAACUCCCACGAGGGGAUGAUCUUAAAAAGGCCAGACAUCAGAAGAUUCCAUUGCUAACUGAUUUUUUGGAAAUUGCAAAGAAUGGAAAAAAAUAUAUAAUAUUUGACCUUAAUGGACCUCCAAAAUAUCAUCCUUACAGACACUCAUUUGUCCGUAAAACUGUAGAGGUGGUCCUUGCAUCAAAAAUUGAACAACAUCUGGUUUAUUGGUUGACCAAUUUUGACAGGGAUUAUGUCAGAAGGAUAGCCCCUGGCUUUCAGCAAGUGGAAAGGCUUCGCCCAAUUAAAGUCUUGUCAAAUAAAAAUAUAAACAUAAUAAAUGUUGACUUUAAAUCAUUAUUUGCCAAUGGGUUAAGAGAGUAUAAAAAAAAUAACAUCAGCAUCAAUAUAUAUAUCGUCAAUACUCUUUGGCUCUUCUCAUUGGCUUGGUGCUCCAAGAUUAACUCAGUAACUACAGAUAUGGUUCAUGAACUAAAAAAGAUAAAUUACCCUUCCUACUUCAUGACACCAAGUUCCUAUAUGUUCUGGUGGUUUUUAAUGGAUUUCCUGUCAAUAAUUUUUAUUGGUGCUAUGUUUUAU